AUGUACCUUCUCUCCGAGAGAAGCGUGUCGUUCCUCGGACAUUACAUCGACAAAGACGGAGUGAGGACGGACCCAGAGAAGAUACGCAAGAUCGCUGAGUAUCCGUUACCCACAAGUGCCGCAGAGCUAAGGACAUUCUUGGGAAUGGCCUCGUAUUACAGAAAGUUCAUAGCGGGUUUCGCGAAAUUGACUAAGAAUUUGUACAGGGCUGCCCAGGGAGACAUGGUCAAGACGAUGGAUGCAGAUAUUCGUGCUCGAUUCAAGAGAAAACGUUCAAGGAUGUGGUGCCGAACGCCUCAGAAGCGAUAG